GUAGCUCAGUGAACGAUCCACCGCAGUGCCUGGGACAGGGUGCGUGGCAGAGGGAGAGAAAGAGGGAUUUCAAGGAUGGGAAGGGGGACUUAAGGGUAAACACCCAGAGGACAAAAAAAAGAUAGAAUAGAAGGAAAGAAAUAGAGGAGGAGAGGAAGGGACAAAAAUCCCAGCACAGCCUCCCCUGGUGUGGGGUUUCUUGGCUUACUGACGUGUGCGCACGACUCUCAGUGGCACUAUGAGUUCAUGCAGCAGCCGUGCAUUGACCAUCCUAUCCACAGUGUUUGGAGCCUGCGGACUGCUGCUGGUGGGGGUGGCUGUGUCCACCGACUACUGGCUGAUAAUGGUGGAGGGAAUCAUCUUGCAGCAGAACCAGAGCAUGGAGGUGAAGAUGGCUCUGCAUUCUGGCCUCUGGAGAGUUUGCUUUGUGGCUGGAUCAGAGAACGGGAGGUGUGUUGCGUCGGAAUACUUCACCGAGCCCGAAAUAGAGAUCACCACCGAAAACACUGCAAACAUCCUGAAGAUGGUUCGUACAGCCACACCCUUUCCCAUGGUGUCUCUGCUCUUUGUCUUCACGGCCUUUGUCAUCAGCAACAUCGGACACAUACGGCCUCAGCGUACCAUCCUGGCCUUUGUGUCCGGCAUCUUCUUCAUUCUCUCAGGCCUCAGUCUGGUGGUGGGCCUGGUACUCUACAUCUCCAGUAUUAAUGACGAGGUGAUGAACCGGCCCAGAGAGCCUGAGCAGUUCUUCAAUUACCACUACGGCUGGUCUUUCGCCUUCGCUGCCUCUUCCUUCUUACUCAAAGAGGGGGCCGGAGUUCUGUCAGUCUAUCUAUUCAUGAAGCGCUACGCAGAGGAAGAGAUGUACCGCCCCCACCCUGCAAUCUACCGCCCCCGCCUAUCCGAGGGCAGCGACUAUAGCGCCCAGUACCUCCACCCAGAGUCCUCCUGGCCUCUUCCAAACAGAGGCCGCAGCACCUCUGAGGCCUCUAGCGACAUCUCCAUCCAGCUUAACAAGACCCCGCCAGUGCCACCAAAAUGUACCCUCCAAGUUGGCGGCCAGGGGAGCCCUCCCUCUGUGUCUUCUUCUGCAAGGAGCUACCAGAUGCAGCCACAGCCCGCUGGUUACCCCUCCACACACACCCUACCAAGGUCCCACUCCUCACACCCUCAGGGCCAGGCUCUUCCCAUGACCAUGCCUCCAUCACCGGUACCUCCCCCUCACUAUCACACACAUGUGCACAUGAGCGCCUCCCCCUGUUAGGAAAGGGGAGCUUCAGGAUGGGAAUACGAGCAACUGACUCUUUAUAAUCGAAUAUACUGAACAUUUAGAUUUGGAUCAGAGCAAACGCUUAGCUUUGAUCACGCAUCAAAUGAAGCAGAAAAAUGUAGCUUUGAGACGUUAUAAAUCAAAGAAAGAGAAGGAGACGUUAUUAUUAAUUUCUGAAGAUUUUAAAGAAACUUUGACAGAUGGAAAGAAAGAAGAGCAAAGAAACAAGUUAAAGAGAAAGACAUCUGGUGAUGAUAGAAAAAGGCAAACUGUUCUCUAGAAAGACAUUAGAGAUUCGUCUGAUUGGCAGAGCAGGUAUAAGGGAGGGAGAGUGAAGCAGGGAGGCUGCAGUAUUAUACAAAGAUGCUGCAGUGAUGCAGGACUUUGUAUACACUUGGAAAUGUACAAUGCAAAACACUGAUCUGAAAAGACUGAGAAUGCACAUAGAUUUUUACAUGUAUAAGUCACACCAACAUGUGGACUACUUAGGUUUUUUCCAGUUGGUAAAGUGUGAUUAAAUAUAUUCUAUUCUUGUCUGAAUUUAUUACAUCAUCAGUUUGGUUCGAUAACCCCUAAUGUCACGAUAGUGCCCUCGGUGUUAUUAAGUAUUAGUUAAUACAGUAACUGUUAAAGGAAUCUGCACAGAAUGAAUGUUGUUAGACUUUGUAACAUACAGAGAUAACAUUAAGGAAUAUCAUGCAAACAGCUUAUUGUUUUACAUAUUUAAGAUAUAGAUCUUCAGCUUCUUGUACAUAGCUGCACAUCAGGAUUUGUGUUGUGAAAUUGCAAGUGAAGCUUUUGUACACAAUGAGAAAAUGUUUUUACUCAUUUAACUUUGGAUAUAGGAGAAGCAGCUGUAACAACAGCCUCUGAAUGCAGAGCAUGCUGGUUUGCUCCAGUUUUACAGGAAUAGGGUUCCCUCUACUGGCCACAACCAUGAAGCAACCCCUGGAUCACAACUUUUCUUCCACUUUUUUCUUUUAUUCGGGCUUGUACUGAGUGUCUUUGCUUGAAUGAAAUGAUUGAAAUUAAAUGAAAAGGUUUUGUCAGUUUUAAAUUGUAAACCCAGGAAUGUCCAGAAUUAUUGAAAAUACAUAUUAGGACUUUGCAGCACAGAUUCAACCGAAAAUCUGGUUAGUAAUAACUUUAAAGUUUUAAAGCUAUGAAUAUAUUUGUAAAAGCCACAUGAUAAAAGUAUUUGUUACAUGUUCAAUUGUUGCUUAAAUUAAAAUCCCACCGUUUGUCUCUUACAGAUUUUUAGCCAUUAAAUCAACCCCUUUUUUUCUAUUUUGCUUUAUUCUAAUAUAUUUUAACAAGACAUGGCAAAACAUGAAAAUGGAUUUGGGUUCAAAUCCUCAGUAGAUUCAAAAAAUAAAUAGUCAAUGCUGCUAUAGCCACAAUUGUGGUACUCUAAAGAAUGUCUUAUCUUUAAAGUUUCACAGCUGUUUUUAAUGGUGCAUCAAUAUCAUAUAACGUUUUUGAACUGAUCAGUUAGACGGAACAUAAAUCCUAACAUUUUUAGAGCAUCAAACAUAGAUCAUAACACCAUAACAUCCCACUAUCCAUGUAAUUAAGAAUAGCUUUUUUUUAAAACUAAAUAUGAUUUUUUUCAAAGCCAUUGAACAGCUUCUUCCUAUCACACUGAAGCAUAAACCACAGUGGCUUGCAAUAAUAUUUAAACGCAUUUUAUCACAUUACAACUUCAAACUUACAUCUAUGUAUUGUGGCUUUAUGUAAUAGACCAACAAAAAACAAAAAAGUUAUUUUUUGCAAAUUAAAAUCAAAAACCUUGUGCAUGCGUAACGUGUUCAUGAUGAUGCGCAUUGAGUUUGGCAUGUACUCUAAAAAUGUAAACCCUUGUAAACACUUAUCCUAUUCUCCCACCUGGGCUUUAUAGCCUAAACCUGCUCCUGAAUGCACAUCCCACAGAUUUUCACUUGUCAAGAUAUUUAAAACCAUGCACUUACUUCUACAUUACAAUUAUAUACUACUUUGUGUUGGUCUAUCAUAUAAAGUCCAACUAAAAUACAUUGAAGUGGUAUAAAUACAUUUGCAAGGCAGUGUGGUCUAUUAUAUUCGAGCCUACAUUUAGAAUAUUUAAUUUUAAUUGAUUAUUGAAGAAACUGCUAAUUACUAUUCAUAGAGGGAAAUAGUUGAACUUGCUUCCUGAGUGCCUCACUUUAAGAUGUUCUACAGAUAAAGAGGGUGUUUAAAAUUAACUCAGACUUUUUCACUAAAGCAUUUCAACCCCACUUGGUUAUUUAUUUCAGGUUGUAGAGUUAAGACUAUUUUAUUUGCCAAACUUUGAAAGCAGAAUUGCCUUUUAAACCAGACUGUGUAAAGAACACGCUGAAGGAGCAUGAUUACCUGCACACUAACAGCCAGAUUUAAUUCUGAACAUAAUGUUUUUUUGUGUGUUGCUGUAAUGUGAAAUAAAAUCCAUUGCGUCAUCAUGGACUAAUUGAAUUAAACUAUCACUGUGAUGCUUCAGAGAGAUAAAACUAAUCCCUACAGUUAAAAUGUGGGGAAACAAACUAAGAGAUGAGUGUGAAGCGGGUUUCCUGUUGUAUCACCAAAGUCCUGCAGUCUGGUUUGUUUCCAUGUUUUCUGUUUAGGCAGUUGAUGUAACUCCAGCACCCAGUUGUUGAUUGUUCUCUUUGUUAGGCAGUUCAGUGCCUUGCCCACAAGCACUUCUGCAGCAUCUGUUGAAGAAGAAAUUCCCUAGUCAUUGCACAUGCAAACUUUUUAAUCAAAAUGUGCUUCAGUAACUAUGGGUUCCUGCAACCUCCAUCAUGACCAGUGGACGAUAAAUGCUUUAUUCGUGUUUUAAACACUUUCAUUUUUAUAUAAUUUGUUGGAUUAUUUUAUUAUCCUAAAAAUACUCUGUUAUAUUGCUUUACUGUUUCCAAUAGUUUGGCUCCUUUUUUCAUCUGUACUCAACUCUUUUUUUACCUGUAUAUGAAUGCACAAAAGAGUUUAUGCCUGCCUCGCAAAUCAGCCCACAGUUCAUUUGCUUCGGACAUUUUGUUUCCUAAUUAUCAAACAAGCUAAAGCAAAUGCUUUUCAGUGCUUCAGUGAUAAAGCAGCUUUAAAAUCUAAUUAAAUAGAAUAGAAGAAAUACUGAUAAAAUCACUUAUAUUGAAGAGUUGACAUUUGUAACUCACUUUGUGUUAAUAAAACUUCCAUCGUGGAUAUA